AAGGAACGAUACUACACUACUGCGCCGCAGCAGACUGCGGCGAGCGCCGUCAAGUUCUCGCGCAAUCGCUAUUUCAUCUGAUGAUAACACGUAGCUAGUGUUUAUGACACUCCACCGCUGGAUGACGACACGGGAUGUAAACUCCUGGACGCGAUGGAGCGUCCGCGGCAGUGAGUGAGGAAUAGAAGCUCGUGGCAACUCGUGGUGUGACAAUCCUGCCGAGGGAUGUCCGCGCCGUCGUGUAGAUGAUCGACUCGGUCGCCGUGGAGUGAUAUUCAGUCGUCAAAAUGUGAUUGCUGGCGCAGUUUUAGGACUUGACGCGGCAAGUUAUACUUUUUCCUUUACCUCUAGUCGAGCGCGGAAAGGAGUGCCAGUGAUAAAUCGCGUAAGAGCCGAAGUCAUGGCGGUCGCGGCAGGUUCCUUCGACGCUUGGCUCAGCGAAAAGCUCCAGGCGCUGAAUACGGAUGAGAGUGUUUUCGCUACGUACAUCAAGGGUAUCCUCGAAGGCGAUGAAUCCGAAGACGAGAAAACGGAGGCGCUCGAAAGCAUACUCGCAGGUGUUACAGAGGAUAAUAUCAGCAAACAUGUAGCGGAAAUCUUAAGUGCAUGGGCAGAGUGGUUGCCAGCUGAAGAUAUAGCUGCAGCACCUCCACCAACAGAAGAUGUGGAUGUUAGAUUGGCACGGAUGCUGGAAUCACAAAGUCUGCCCACAAUGAUACAGAGAAAUUACACAGCCGAAGAGAGACGAAUACGGGAGGCUAUAUUAGCACAAUACAGUCAAAUGUCGGAUGAAGAAAAUAGCGAAGGAGAUGGGGAGGAGGAUGGAGCCAGUGGCGGAGACUGUGGGAUUGAAAAGAAUUUAAAUGCAGCAACUAUCGUACAACAAGAAAGAGAAAAGAGAGAAAAGGCUAAGCUUGAGAGCCAAAAAAAGAAAGAGAAAGACAAAGAGGACAGAGAAAAGCAAAAGCAAUUGAAAGAAGAGAAGAAGGAGAAAAGAAAAACCCAAAAAGGAGAAAGGCGAAGGUAGCAUCGAUACGAAAGUGGCGUAAAAUUUACCUCAAGAUUAAAGAUUAUCGAAAACAUAUAUGCUGUGGUAUUCAUGUCUGUCUUUAUCGUCGUGCACAUGCAACGAUCUCCGACAAUUAUUUAAAUCAGCCAUCGAUCUUAUAUUUUCAUUAGAACGAUGUGUGUAGUGUCCAUGUUAUUAGAAGAUAAAUUCGUAGAUUCAAUAUGAAUGCAUACAUCACAAAAGAAAUAACUUUGCGAUAUAACAUUGAAUCAUCCUGUGCCUUCUGUCUCUAAAAUAUUGUCCCCUUCGAAAGGUUUGUUAUUUAUACUAUUUUUAUUUUAUUUUAUUUUUUUUAACGUUAUCACUUUGAAGUCCUUAUUCAGAACUUAUAUCUACGUUGUAUCAGUUAUUAAUGAUUGACGAUGGUUCUGAAUAUCGACGCAACUCUCAUUCAUUAUUGAUGCGCUGCUGCGCCGCGUUAUAUAUUUCAUUAUAUCAUGUAUUUAAUAUGAAUAUGUUAAAUAAACUAUUUAAAUCACUGAU